AUGGCCGAACAAGCGUCAAAGUCAUUGCAGAAUCAAUUAAAGCUAGCUCGGGACAUGGGCUAUACUGAAGACGUUAUACUUACAGCACUUGAGACGCAGAAGAAGGAUGAAGAAGGGUUCUAUACGCCCUUCGAAAGCACAAAUGCGAUGCUUGACGUUUUAAACCGUACUUCUGCCCGCGUAGAUUGGUCCGCACAUAAUGGAACUGCAGUAGACCGAAGUGAUCAUAACGAUCAGAGGAUCCGACCGUCUCCUCGUGUAGCAUUGCGUUCUUCCUCCUUCCAUGUGAGGUCACCUACAACUAGUCGAGGUGAAAAUUUAACCCAACUGCUCCGGACAUUCGAAAGGGAGAACAUGAAGGAUAAAGAAGCAGCUGAAAGUCGCAUAGCUAGACUUAAGACCCGUAUCCAUGAUUUGGAAAGAGACACGGAGAAGCUCAAGCAAAACGAACGGGAAAUGAAAGAUCGUCUGCACGAACUUGAAAAUCGAAACGAGUUUUUAACAUCCGAGAUGGAGCGGGCUGAAAGAGAAAAAGAACAACUUAGUCAAACUAUCGUAGAAUUGCAAGCUGUCACCGAUCGACUGACGCUGGAAAAUCUUCGAAAUGAACACCAGGCGAAAGAUCAAAAAGAGCUUGCCGAGCAUAGGAAAAAACAGCAUGAUCAACAAGUUGCCGCGAUGGAAGAGGUGAAUAUUGCUCUUUAAGA